AUGGAAUACACAGUGCCAAAUGAGUAUAACAAUAUAACAACCAUAUCUCCCUCCACAUACUCUUUGCCAUACAAUACUGUUUUGAACACAAGGAAUGUGACCACUCUGGCUGAGAUUACAGAUGAUUGUAACAAAAAUAGACCAAUCAUUGUGCGUGCAUAUGUCUUGAUACUUAUCCUCGUACUUGCCCUUCCAGCAAAUGCAGUCCUCCUCUGGCUGCUAGUAAAGAACAGAAAGACUAUGUCACCCUCUGAGGUUUUAGGUCUCAACUUUGCCCUACUUGGUGUGCUGUUUUGCCUUGCUCUUCCAUUGGAUAUCUGUAUGACAUUCGCUCAAGACCGCUCAGGACUACCACUGCGCAUUUCACAAGUCUUUUCCACCAUCUGUUACUUCGGCAGCCCACUUUUGCUGACCUGUAUGUGCUUGGAGCGCUACAUUGCUGUGGCAUACCCUGUGCUUUAUAUGAAGUUGGGGAAGAGGGAGUAUCGUGCUGCAUGCUCUGCUGUCAUCUGGUUUCUCACCUGCAUCAUGUCAACACUCAUGUUUGCCUUAACUAUUGCAGGCAUGGCUUUGAUUUUAUCCAUCAUUUUGAAUGUGCUGUUUUUAGUCAUGGUGGCCUGCCUGGUAGGCAUUGUAUGUGUGUUGUGUAAAAAGGGCCCAGGUGAAGGGGACCAAAAUAAUUCAGCUAUAAAGAAGCAAGCUCUAAAGAAUGUUGUAGCAAUAUUUGUGCCCUCAACUCUAACCUAUUUUCCAAUGCUGGGUCUGGCCCCUUUUUUGAUUAUAAUCCAGUUCCUUGCAAUAAAAGACACAAAUAGGGAUCUUUGUCAGUUUCUGAUGAUGUUCGCUGUUCUCCCCUAUUUUGGAGUUUGCUUGGGGCCCAUGUUCUACGUGGCCCGGAUGAAGCGAAUGCUCUGUGGCAGGAAUAAUGAAUCAGGAGACACAAAAAAGACCACUAGAGUUCAGAGAAAGUAA